AUGUUCCGAGUGCUCGAGCGCCCCUCAUUCUCGGCCGCCCAGAAUGCUCUCUUCCCCAUCUACUUCGCCCUGCAGACGGCCCUCCCCGCCAUCCUCGCCCUGACCUACCCCGGGAGCAGCAACCCCCUCGGCGUUGCCUCUGGCCUCGGCGGCCUUCUCGACGAAUCAAACUUCCGCGGCACCCUGCUGCCCAUUGCCACGAUGUUCGUCACCGGCGCCGUCAACCUGCUGGUGGUCCUGCCCGCGACGCAGAAGAUCAUAGCGGCCCGCUACGCCCAAGAGAAGAAGGACGGCAAGAAGAGCUACGAUGCGGCGCCCCACUCGCAGGAGAUGCAGGCGCUGAACAAGCGCUUUGGCAAGAUGCACGGCAUCUCGUCGCUGCUGAACCUGGGCACGUUCAUCGCGACGAUCGCCUACGGGUUCACACUGGGAUCGCGCCUCUCGUAG